ACCUCUCCGUGCAGCUGCCAACCUCAGGUAUGAAGACCCGUUUACUGUUCCUUUGCCUAUUGGCCUCAGCAUUUGCUGUGUCUAUCAAAGGCAAACCUCACGGCAAACAUCAAGCUUUAUCCAAGUCCUCACACACAGCUAAAGAGAAGGACAUUGUUCCAGAUGAGGCCAAUGAGGGGGCGGUCCUGCCGACUUUCAUGACCUUCGUGUCUAGCAGUCAGGAGCAGGAGGAUGAGGACAUGAGCUACGAGGACAAUCCUAACGCUAAUGUGGGUCCCAAUGCUAACGCUAAUGUGGGUCCCUCCAAUGAGGAAGGGGUGUUAGAGGUGUCCGACAGUGGUGAGAGGAGCACCCCUGUCCUGCUGAGCGAUAAGGCACUGGUGGACCUCCUCCAGGGGGAGUCAGAGGAAGAAGAGGUGGAAAAGGAGGAGGAGGAAGAAGAGGAGGAGGGAAAGAUCGAGUCUGAGGAGACACAAUCUGAAGAGGAAGAGGAAGAGGAGGAGGGAGAAGAAGAGGAGGAGGUGGAGGUGGAGGCAGAGAAAGAGGCGGAAAAGGUGGAGGCGAUGGCGGAUGAAGAGGAGUCAGUUGAGGAUGAAGAGGAGGGAGAGAAAGAGGAAGAGGAGGAACCUGUGGUCGGGGACAGUGGAGUGGAGGAAGAGGCUGAAGUCAAAGAGUUGGACAGCAACACUGAGUCGGAGAUUCCAGUGGAUCUGGACUACGCUGGCGACAGUGACAACAUACAGCCCCUGGAGACCGAGCUGGAGGAAGGGAAGCCCCUCGCCGAAGACGCCCAGCUCCUCUCAAAUAAGGAAGAGGAGGCAAAGGUGGAGGAGAAAGAAAAACAAGCUAGCAAGGAAGACGAAAACCCCACUGCCACUGAUGACUAUGAGUCUCAGCAGGACAUACAAGACGCGAGGCCUCUGAGAGCCAGGAAGUGCUCGGCCAGGACAAACUCCCUGAGGGAAGCAAGGACCAGGAGAAAGAAGGGGAGAAGAGAAGGAGGAGAAGAACGUAAACGAGACGCCAGUCACACCAAAGGCAAAGCCAGGAAGCAGAGGAAGAACCAGAGGGCUCCUCUGGUGGGAAUGAACCCAGUCCAGAUCAGGGCGACAGUGGAUCUCUACCCCAGCGCCAGGCCCUAUCUGGCGGCCAGCCUAUACAGACCCCAAGCCUCUGCUGCUGACCCUUGUGAGAACUUCCGUUGUAAACGUGGAAAGACCUGUAAACUCAACGAGGAGGAGAAGCCUAUGUGUGUGUGUCAGGAGCCUUCUGCCUGCCCACAGAGUGUCACUGACUAUGAUCAUGUAUGUGGAACUGACAAUGUCACCUACGACACAUCCUGUGAGCUCUUUGCCACUAAGUGCAACCUGGAAGGCACCAAGAGAGGCCAUAGACUUCACCUGGACUACACUGGACCCUGCAAAUUCAUAGCACCGUGUAUGAAUGCCGAACUGGUCCAGUUUCCUCUGCGUAUGCGCGACUGGCUGAAGAACGUCUUGCUGCAGCUCUAUGAACAUGACUCAAUGUCCCCUGGCUUCCUCACCCCCAAGCAACGCAUCAGAGUGAGAAAAAUCCACGAGAGUGAGAGGCGCCUCCAUGCCGGCGACCACCCCAUUGAGUUGCUGGCCCAGGACUUUGAGAAGAACUACAACAUGUACAUCUAUCCCGUGCACUGGCAGUUUGCCCAGAUGGACCAGCACCCUUCUGACAGGUUCCUAUCCCACUCUGAGCGCCCCCUGAGGGUCCCGUUGGUCCCCAUGGAGCAUUGCACCUCCCGCUUUUUCCAGGAGUGUGACGCAGACAAAGACAAACAGGUGUCCUUCAGGGAGUGGACCAACUGCUUCGGCAUCAAGGAUGAGGACAUGGAUGUCAACCUGCUCUUCUGAGCCCAAUCUGUACCUCAACAAGCAACCAGAUUAAAAAAGCAUUUAACAAGAUCACCUUCAAUAAUGGCAGAACCACAUACCUUAAUCGGCAGAAGAGAGAUUUAAACUGUAUGUUUUUGGGAUGCUCUGCAAAGUUAGCCUGGUGGAACCAGCCUGACCGCUGUGUUCACCAUUCUAUUUUACUUAACAUAUCAGUCUGGCAUUGCUCCUUAUUGAAACUGUUUGAGCCUAUGUCUGUAAUAAGAGGCAUUAUUCAAAACUAACUUGUCAGUGAUUGGAUCACCUUAAACCAAUCAGAGGACAACCUAAUUCAAAGCACAGGAUUUUGAGGGUGGGUUUUCUGAGAAGAUGCUGAUUUGACCAGUCAUUUCUUGGCUUA